GGCCAUAUUUUGGUGAAACAUCAGGAAGUGAGGAAGAAGGCGAAGACCGAAACUCGACUGGUUGGAGUUAAACCGAGAAGUUUUGCUUUAUUUAAACACAUUUCGACAGACUUCCAGUGAGUAAGUGACCGUGUGGUUGUUGGAUUUGCCAAGAUGCCUGCGAUGGAAAGUAUCCUUUAAAAAACGAAGGGUUGAGAAAGGUACGCGAUGUAUUUGUGUAACGUCGAGGGCUUCAAACUGAACAUAACAUGACGGACUGGUGUUAGUUAGCGACAGACAUCGACUACAGUCUUUCCUGUGUUAAAUACUAUCUCAACUCACUGUAACCAACCUUUUAGUUAACGUAGAUAUGUUUUAGUCGAUUUGAGGCUCCUUUAAAGUGACAGGGCUGAAACUAGAGCCGCGGGAAUGUUAGUCCUAAUAAUGGCUGCUGAAAGUACACAACAACUGACGUUUAGUGAUAUGAACCAUAAAAUGAGAGUACUGGAUUAUGAUCCAGAUUAAAAUGAGUAAUCAAAGUAAAUUAUAUAAUGAUCUAUACGAAUUUAGAGCUUCUUAGUGAACACAACACCGUGGGGUUGUUCAGUAGGGGAGAGUGGGGUAAGUUGAUCCACCCCCUGUUGCUCGGAAAUGGUCAAAGAAAUUGAUCAUGUGACCAAAUAUUUAGGAGAUGGGCAUAUAUUCAUGGAGUCUGUGAAGGUUAGAAGUACAUGGGUGAAGGGGUUGGACAUUUAUUUACAAAAAAACAUUUUUCACUCUUGAAAGUAAAUUUAGUCUGUCAUAAGUUUUAUUAGAAUUGUGUUCAGACCAAAAAAGAUCAUUUUAAAUUAGUUUUAUAUGUCAAUUGUGGUAUCUAUGAGCUACAACAUGAGGUCAAAAACCUAACAUAAAAGUCCACCAUUUUAGCUUAGAGGGCUAAUUUAGUAAUAAUAGUAGUUCUGGGGUAAGUUGAGCAAGUGGUUUAACUGAGAAAGUAAAGGAGUCUGAUGAGAGGAUCAGAGUUUCAGUUCAGAUUGUUGAAAUGUGUUACUUUUUCUUUUCAAAAAUACAGCUGUGAAUGUUCUGAAUUACUUAAAGGCCUUCUCAUGUUAAAAUGGCUUUUCACAGAACAGCUUUUUAGCAGUUAUAUGCAAUAAUAAUAGAAAAAAUUAUUGUACCAGUUGCAUAGUGUAUAAUAGUGACAUGCUUUGGCAUGCUUUAUUAUCAAGACAGUUAUGUUUACACUCAUUCUGUUGGUUUGCAGGGAUGCACAACAUCACGAAAUAUAUGCAGAUACACUAGUUAGAGACAAAACUAUGAUUGUCUUGAUGUAGCGAUCCGAAAUAUAAAAAAUGGCUCAUCUUACCCCACUCUCUCCUACUAGAUUUAACACAGGCUACUUAAGAUACUUCAUUGUCUCAGCGUAUCAGUUUAGUCAUGAUUACAGCUGUGGCUGUUGUCUCAAUCACAAAACACAGCGUCCUGGGCCUGGUAAGUGGAAAUUCAAAUCCUCUGUGAAAAAAUACAUUUAAAACAUUCAAUCAUUAUCUUCUCAUAGGCCUCUCAGAAAUCGAUAAUAUAGUAGCCUGUAAGUGAAAAGACAUUCCACCUAUACUAAUCCCUGCCAAAAGUUAAAAAAAAAAAAAAAAAUUCUUCCUUGUACAAGCAUUGGUCACCCAAGGUUUGCUGUUGCUUUUUGUUGGUACCUUGUUUUUCUUUAACUUCAUAUCCCAGAACACCUCUUCAAUCUGAAGUUUGCUGCCAAAGACCUCCAGAGAAAUGCAGCCAAAUGUGAUAAACAGGAAAAAGCAGAGAAAGCCAAAGUGAAGAAAGUAAGUGCCUCUUGUGAAGGUGUUAACCGGUUAACAAACAAACCCAACAAGUUUUGCAGUGGAUUUACUGUAUUGCUUUGUCGUUUUUAGGCCAUCCAAAAGGGUAACGUGGAAGUGGCCAGGAUCCAUGCAGAAAACGCCAUUAGACAGAAGAACCAGUCUUUGAACUUCCUGAGGAUGAGCGCUCGUGUUGAUGCCGUUGCAGCAAGGGUUCAAACUGCUGUUACGAUGAACCAGGUACCCUAAAUUCUUGGUAACUUAAUGCCAGUGUAAGUCUUCAGACAUGAAAACAUGCUGGUUGUCAUUUUGUUUCCAUAUUUUAAUUUCACAGGUGACGAAAUCUAUGGGUGGAGUGGUGAAAGGGAUGGAUCAAGUGCUCAAGUCUAUGAACCUGGAAAAGGUAUUUAAAAGCAAAAUGGGAGCACACGAAAUAUAAACUCCCCUCAGCUGUGCAAACACCACAAACAUGCAAGAAAUUAAAACAAUGAUAACCCAGAGUUCAGCAAAAACAGUUGCACUUGUCAAAUUACUUCAAAUUUUAACCCCAUUUCCAUUGUUUCUACAGAUUUCAGCUCUCAUGGACAAAUUUGAGCGCCAGUUUGAAACUCUGGAUGUUCAGACAUCCCAGAUGGAGGAUACUAUGAGCAGCACAACAACACUCACAACACCACAGGUACACUUCUCUCCUCCUAUUGUUGGGUUUUGUAUUUUAAGAAAAAAGAAUUUACUGAAAAUGUAAUAUUUGUUUCAGAACCAAGUGGACUCCCUGAUGCAUGAAAUGGCCGAUGAAGCCGGGUAAGCCUUUCAUUGCUUUGAUAAAAACUGUUUCAUAUUUUUGUAGUUCAUACAUUAAUUGCAAAUCAUGCUUUUUUGAUGGCAGUCUAAGUUAAGUUUUCAGUACAAUGUUAAGUAAUAUGUUGUGUAUUUAACCACAAUGUACUGUUAAAUGUGUGUUUUACCUCUAGCUUGGACCUGAACAUGGAGCUACCUCAGGGACAGACAGGAUCAGUGGGCACCAGUGUUGCCUCUGCAGAACAGGUACAUACUCAUCUAUUUUACAAUGGUUCCUCAUUUGGAACUGGUUACUUGAUUAAUAAAAUCUUAAAAUGAACAAGAGAUUCGUAAUUAAAAAAAAAAGGUUUUGUCACACACAGAGACAGAAAAUGUGAUUACAAUACACAUUUAAGCUGAAAGAAGCUUCUGUCUAAACUUGAGACUAUAAGUUAAAUUUCUUGUUUAGUUUAGUUUCUUGUCUUGUUUCUGUUUCCCUUACUAAUUUCUUUUAUUACUCUCGCUUGUCCAAAGGAUGAACUGUCCCAGAGGCUCGCCAGACUCAGAGAGCAAGUGUAAAUGACGGCUGCAGAAGUGCUGCUACACUACCUGAAUAUCACUCUCGAACAUAUUUUAUUUCUGUCAUGUAUCUUUUCAGAGGCCUCUGUUUGUUCUAUGUGAGUCAUAAUUAUUUGAUACCUUUCUGAGAACUAACACAGAUGAUGGUGAUGGAAAAGUUCUGCAUUUUCUGAAUACAAGCAUGUACCAAUGAGGAUGAUCAAAAAGCUAUAUUGGUAAAGAACUCCCUAGUUUUUUUUUUCAUGAUAAUGAAGAGUGGCAUAUGAGAGCCUUUAAUUGAAGGUCCCCUUCACUUGCUUGCAGUGAAAGAGCUUAAAUUUCUUUGACUUUAGAAUUUAAUCUUUGGUUCAUGGGUGCAUUACAGCAAAACAUGUAUGCCUUUACUCCUAUGAGAGCGACACACCCUCUACUCCACUGUUGAGUCGACUUGUGUUGAUUUUUGUGUUUCUGACAAAUAUUAUAUAAAUAAAAAAAAAACAAUAAUGGAUGACAAGCUGGUGUUUUUGCCUGAUCGUUAUCACUGUUCAGGUAAAAGGUUUCAUUCGUUAAGAAAACAAUAAAGUUUUAUAAUACUUUUA